CUUCUCUUCUCCAUUUCUCCACUCACCUACGCUUCUGGUUUAUCGGAGGCGUAGAUCCCUCUCUUUCACUCCCAAUCCACGCGCACACACACCUAUUUGUGAAUCACUGAGUGAGAGAGAAGAUAUACAUAUAGAGAAAGGUGCGGUGUGGAGCAGAAGAUAUUUUCUGCUUCGUUAUUAACUGUAAUAAAAAGCGCGCGAUACUCCAUAGGGAAGAUUUGUCAUGGCAGCUGCUGCACCUGGUAUAAGUUACGCACCUGAGGACCCCGGUCUACCAAAACCAUGGAAGGGUCUGGUUGACGACAAGACUGGAUAUGUUUACUAUUGGAAUCCAGAGACCAAUAUAACCCAGUAUGAAAAACCUGUUUCCCCUGGUCACACAAGCUAUGCACCAGCUCAUAAAUCUUUGAUUUCAUCGGUUCAGAAGUCCCCCCAAGGACAGUAUAAUGCGAAUGAUAAUGACGACAGAUAUUCCAAAGCUAGCAAUGGAUUGACCAAGGCUGUUGUACCAGUAGCUUAUCAGGCCACCAGAAGCAGACCAGAUUAUUCACACAGUGAUGUAGAGGUGAAAGCCAGUGUUGGAUAUGGACCUCUUGCUCCCACCGGCGCAGAAAGUAUUGUGUCCGCUGAAGCCUAUCGCCGGCGUCAUGAAAUAUCUGUGACAGGAGACAAUGUCCCUCCACCAUUCACCUCGUUUGAAGCCACUGGAUUUGCUUCAGAGAUUCUUAGGGAGGUGCAGCAUGCUGGUUUUUCUGCUCCUACUCCAAUACAGGCACAGUCGUGGCCUAUUGCUGUAAAAGGUCUUGAUAUUGUAGCAAUCGCCAAGACAGGAUCCGGGAAGACCUUGGGUUACCUGAUUCCUGGAUUUAUUCAUCUGAAACAAAGGCAUAAUAACCCAAAAUUAGGUCCAACAGUUUUGGUGUUGUCACCAACAAGAGAGUUGGCUACUCAGAUUCAAGAUGAAGCCGUCAAGUUUGGAAGGUCGUGUAGGAUAUCUUGCACGUGUUUAUAUGGAGGUGCACCCAAGGGUCCACAAUUGAAAGACAUAGACAGAGGUGUUGAUGUGGUGGUGGCUACUCCUGGUCGAUUGAAUGAUAUUCUGGAGAUGAGAAGGAUAAGCCUCCAUCAGGUCUCAUAUUUGGUUUUAGAUGAGGCGGACAGGAUGCUGGACAUGGGUUUUGAACCUCAGAUAAGAAAGAUAGUGAAGGAGGUCCCUGCUCGUAGACAAACCUUGAUGUACACAGCAACGUGGCCAAAGGAGGUGCGCAUAAUUGCGGCUGAGUUACUGAUUAACCCUGUUCAGGUUAAUAUUGGAAAUGUUAAUGAGCUCGUUGCCAACAAGGCAAUAACGCAGUAUGUUGAAGUUUUGUCGCCAACGGACAAACGCAGGCGGCUUGAACAGAUAUUGAGAUCUCAGGAACCUGGUUCUAAGAUAAUAAUUUUCUGUUCUACAAAGAAAAUGUGUGACCAGCUGGCAGGUAAUCUGACCCGGCAAUUCGGAGCAGCUGCUAUUCAUGGCGAUAAAUCUCAGGGUGAGAGGGAUUACGUGUUGAAUCAGUUUCGAAAUGGAAGAUCCCCAGUGCUUGUGGCCACUGAUGUAGCUGCCCGUGGCCUGGACAUUAAGGAUAUAAGGGUGGUUUUAAACUACGACUUCCCUACAGGAGUAGAGGACUAUGUUCACAGAAUUGGAAGAACUGGCCGGGCCGGUGCCACUGGUGUGGCAUAUACUUUCUUUUGUGAGCAGGAUGCAAAGCAUGCUUCAGAGCUUAUCAAACUCCUGGAAGGUGCUAGUCAGCAUGUGCCCAGCGAACUCCGUGACAUGGCUUCACGUGGUGGUGGAAUGGGGAGAGCAAAACGUCAGUGGGGAUCAGGCCCUGGAGGGCGUGAUGGAGGAGGUCGUGGUGGUGGUGGACGUUUCAGUUCUUCUCAAACUGGAAGGGACGGCGGAAGAGGUGUUUGGGGAAUGCCAUCAUCCACAGAUAGGGCUGGUGGUCGUGAUAGACAUGUCUCUGGGUUCUCUAACGGAUACGAGACAAAUGGCACUGGAAGUUUCCAUCAGAGGAGCUUCCACGAGAACGGGGUGACUGCUCCAAAGAUUAGAGGUAGAAGUCGCAGUCGUAGCAGAAGCCCUAGAAAGAUUUCAGGAUGGGGGCAAAGGCCUCGAAGUCGCAGUCGUAGCAUAGAGAGGUUUCCAUCCAAGAGCACAAGGCCCUCUUCUUAUGGAAACAAGGAUUAUAGAAAUUGAGUCAUUAUGAGAAAUCACAUUCAUCUCCUAACGUUAACAGGACCUCUACCCGUUGAGUAAACUCCAAUUAUCAAGAGCAAGAGGACGACGAUAAGAAGGGCGUGGUACCUCGAGGCUCCUUAAAAUGUCCGAAAGGAUCGAUGUCGAAAAGGUGCAAGCUUUCAUUCAUGCCUUGAUUACCUUUGGUGGUUGUGUUGUCCAUUGAAAUAUGUCGAGUAAAGAGAACAAUGAAGGGUAGCCAAUUUUGCCGUAGAAUUUGUGGUGUGUACUGAUACGUGUUAAACACUUAAUAUUUUUGGACUGCAAUUAUAAUGCAAUGGAUACGAAUAUUGGAUA